CGCUUGAAAUUUGGCUUUUUGUUUCCUUCGGCUUCAAUUCAUGCAAAUAUUCUCUCACUCGCGACCUCUUCACAUCUGAUUGGAGACCCUUCCGCUCUGGUUCUCAGAUCGAAACCCUACUUUGGGGGCAAAAGCCCUACUUAUAAUUCAAGGACUCGGCGACAUCCAGGCUGGAGAUGCGAGUCCGUGGAGGAUUCUCGUAGUGCCGACUGCGAUUUCGGCGCUUGCGGGGAUAUUGUUCUCGUGGAAUUGUCGGGGGUGGCGGUUUCUAGUGUCGAGCACAUGAAGGAUUCCUCCGAUCGGACGAAGGUUGUGGUGCGGCGCUUGCCGCCGUCGAUCUCGCAGUCGGUACUGAUGGAGCAGAUCGAUGGCAGGUUUGCUGGACGAUACGAUUGGGUGUUCUUUCGUCCCGGAAAGAAUAGCCGAAAAAACCAGAGACAUUCACGUGCAUACCUUAACUUUGAGAGAUCAGACGAUGUGGUUGAGUUUGCUGAGUUUUUUGAUGGGCACAUUUUUGUCAACGAGAAGGGUGCUCAUUUCAAAGCUGUCAUAGAGUAUGCACCCUCCCAACGAGUUCCAAAGCCAUGGUCAAAGAAAGAUGUUUGUGAAGGGACUCUAUCUAAGGAUCCUGAAUAUAUGGAUUUUCUUGGGCUCUUAUCGAAGCCUGUGGAACAUCUUCCUAGUGCUGAGGUUCAGCUAGAGAGGAAAGAAGCUGAAAGAGCUGGUGGUACAAAAGAAUCACUCAUAGUGACACCCCUAAUGGAUUUUGUUCGACGAAAAAGAGCAGCUAAAGGUGGUGUUCAGGGACCAUGCAGUGGUGGUAAAGUUAGCAGAAGAACUUUAAUGGUUUCCACUGGCAGCUCGAGCCCUUCUAAAAGAGGAUCUGAGAAGCGUAAGUAUGUGUCAAGGGAAACUAUGAAAAGGGGGAAAACCAAAGACAAAUCAAGUUACAUUUUGAUGUCGAGGAGAGAAGAACAGUGGCCAUCAGUAGAUAAAUCUGCUCCUGUAGCUUCUGCAAUGGGAAAAGAAGCUUUGGAAGAUGAUUUUGCUUCUGUAAUUGUUGAAUCCGGAAAGAGCAGAAUCAUUCUCUUGAAAGGGAAGGAGAAAGAAGGUUCUGAUCCAUUUAGAGGUGUGGUGCAACAGCAGGUUGUGAUGUCAUCUGCGAGAAACUCACCAACUUCAACAUCGAAACACAACCGGGCAAGUGGAAUAAUCAUUAGAAGCAUUCUCUCAAAGGAAGGGCAUCUGAAUCAGUCAUGUGUAGCUGCAUCCCAUCCUGAGCUGCAAAUACAGGCAGCAAAUGUGGAGAAGGACAAGCACUCACCAUUGCUUCCCAAUGCAUGCUCAAAAAAUGACUAUAUAUCACGUAGUUCGUCAAUUGCAUCUGUUUCUGAUGGUGACGAUAAAAGACACAUAGACACUAAGGUUGUUGCUAUAAACAAUGCACAUGGUUCUUUAUCAAUCAAUGUAAAGCACGAAAAACAGGCCCGAAAAAAAGAUAGACAUGAUCGUGGUAUUUGGGCUCUUCGGCGCUCAGACAUAGCUCAACCUAGUGAUAGAACUCCAUCCACUGAUGCCCCCCAGAUGUUGACAGAUUCUUUAGGAAGCAUCUACGUUUCUCAACAGGCAGCUGAUAAAGUUGAAGAGGUGGAUAUGUUUGUUCCGAGUGCUUGUGUUAGGAAUGGCAGCAAAUCACAUGCUGCCUAUGAGCUGUCAUUAGUUCAUGGAGAGAGAAAAGCUGAUGUGCCUUAUACAAGUAGAAGUGAAGACAUGAAGAUUCAUAGAGGGAGAAGAAGUCUUUCUGCAGUCGAGAAUGGUUCCCAUAGGCAUGUUGGCCGCCGUGGAUCAGCACGUGGUUUAAAGGAAGUGGAUAACUCUUUGAGUUUAUUAGAGGGAAAAAGUUCCAAGAGAGGAUCCACCAGUUACAGUUUCCACGAGAGACAAGUAUGGGUUCAGAAGGCAGGCUCGAGUUCGUGAAUAUUCUAGUUGAAUAGAUACAUGUAUUGUUGCAGAUUUGUUGAAUUGCGGCAACAUUUUGGUUUUGGACCUCAGCCUGUUCUCAGUUUUUGAUUAUCUAAAUUUCACACAGAGUAAAAAGCCUCUUUGGGUAAAUGCUUGUUCAACUAUCCUAUUAUCAAAUUGUUCCCAUAAGAAAUUACAUCUCCAGCUUAGUCAAAGGCAGCAUGAUCUAAAAAGUAGCUAGCAGGUGAAAUAAUUAAGCUAAUGGGUCUGCAAGUUGCAUACAAGAAUGGGUUCCUCUGUUAGCUAACAGUUUUAAAGGAUGGUGGCUGUACUAGGUGUGGAAAUGGAAGAUCUGUCUUUACCCUUUGACCAUCCAUCAGUGGGUUGGUUCAAAUAUUACCAGCUUGGUGACGUAAACGAAGUUCUUUCUCAGGCAUCUUUGCAGAAGAACAAGGGAGCUUUUUUCAGCAACCUCUCUUAGUUGAGCAUGUAAAGAAUGCUUGGUUUUUGUUGUUUUGGGAAAGCCUUUUGUGAACUACCUGAUUUUGGUAAAUGUAUUAGUAGGAAACAUCACUUUCUAAGCACCCUAUGUUUGUCAUUAGUGGUUGACGAGUGGAGUGGUGGUUGGAUUGAGUGAAGAGAGUGAUGUAAGUGACUGAAGCAUUGGAGCGGGUUCUGGGGAAGGUCGGUCUGGAUGAAAUUUGGUGUUGACUGUAUUAUAAACUAAGAUUUUGUGUGUGAUGCUUUGUGCUGUUCUUCGUA